UUAAGAUGGCCAGAGUCCCUGACCUGUUUGAAGACUUGAAGAACUGUUACAGUGAAAAUGAAGAAUACAGUUCCACCAUUGACCAUCUCUCUCUGACUCAGAAAUCCUUCUAUGAUGCAAGCUACAGCCCACAUCAUAAAGACUAUAUGGGUCAAUUUAUGUCUCUGAGUACCUUUGAAACCUCUAAGACAUCCAAGUUUACCUUCAAGGAGAGUGUGGUGGUGGUUGCGGACAAUGGGAAAGUUCUGAAGAAGAGACGAUUGAGUUUAAAUCAACACGUCACUGAUGAUGACCUGGAGGCCAUUGCAAAUAAUUCAGAAGAAGGAAUCAUCGAGCCCAGGUCAGCAUCUUCCAACUUCCUGAGCAACAUCAGUUACCGCUUUAUGAGGGUCAUCAAAGACCAGUUCACCCUGAAUGACUCCCUCAGUCAAACUAUAGUUCGAGCCCCCUCGGAUGAGAACCUCUGGGCUGCUGCAAUAAAUAAUAAGGACGAUGCAGUGAAAUUUGACAUGGAUGGUUAUAGAUCAAGAGAUGAUACUAAAAUUCCUGUGACUCUAAGAAUCUCAAAAACUCAACUGUUUGUGUGUGCCCAAGAUGAAGACCAACCUGUAUUACUAAAGGAGAUCCCGGAGACUCCCAAAACCAUCACAGGUGAUGACACCAACAUCCUCUUCUUCUGGGAAACUCACGGCAGUAAGAACUACUUCACCUCGGCUGCCCAACCACAGUUGUUUAUUGCCACAAAGCAAAACAAUGUGGUGCACAUGGCAAGGGGGCUACCCUCCAUGACUGACUUUCAGAUACUGGAAAGCUAG